AUGCUCAUAUCUCUCACUGUCGGCAAGGUUGAUGCCGGCCUUGCAAUUCUCCUCACGGAGGAGAAGCGUAUGAUCGAAUUCCCCUCUGUCCUCCUCCCAGCCGGCAUAUCCAGCGGGUCCAUAGUCGACAUCCAGGUCUCGCGCAACCACGCCGCGGAGGCUGCCCAGCGCGAUGCGUUCCACUCGCUCCAAGAGGAGAUCUACAACCUCUACGGAAUAAACUCCCCCUCGCGCCCCGUGCUCCGCGUCCGCAAUGCCACGCAGACCUCGGUGGUGCUCGAAUGGGACCCGAUCCAGCUCGCUACGGCAACGCUGCGCUCCCUGACCCUGUAUCGGAACAACAGCAAGGCCGGGUCCAUCCCGAACCCGACCACGCACACGAGCACAAAGAUCUCGGGUCUGGCCGUGGACACCGAGUACUCGUUCCAUCUCGUACUGCGCACCUCGGCCGGCACGUAUAGCAGUGAGAAAUUGACUGUCCGGACCCACAAGAUGACGGAUCUCUCCGGGAUCACGGUGUGCCCGGGCAUCAUGCCCGGCGAGAUCCGGGAGGAGCUGGAAGUUGUCCUGGCGAGGAUUGGCGCGAAACCGCUGCAGGACUUUGUCCGCAUCGAUACGACGCAUUUCGUGUGCACGGAGGGCCGUGGGCAGCCGUGGGAGCGGGCUACGGAGAUGAAUAUCCCGGUCGUGAGGCCGGAGUGGUUGCUGGCGUGCGAGAAGGAUGGGAGGAUCGUGGGGGUCAGGCAGUUUUACCUCAGCGCGGAUAUAUCAAAGAUGCGGCAGGGACUACCGAUGCGCGAGCGUGCGCAGACCGGUGCGAGCGUAGCAUCUUCUGUGAAUCAGCAAUCCCAACACAGGCCUACGCAGUCUGUCAGCGAGAUACGAUCGGAAGCUGUUGUUAGCCCCCCUCCGGUCGAGACUCCGGCGAAAUCUCCCUCGCCGCCGCCAGUUGCCGAGAACCCCAGGCCAGAGCCUGAGGCGAAGACCCCCGAGCCAGAGGCAAAGGUGGAAGAAAAGAGUCCGGAUCCAGAGAAGGCUACGAGUGGCGAUUCGGGGACACCUGAAGUGAAAGCGAAGGUGGAGGAGGGGUUUGAGGAUGUUUCGCUCUAG